GUACUUCACUCCAAGAUGGCAGUAGGUGAGGGGAAUUUACAAAAGAAAUUUUGUGAAUUAAAUGCUUCUGAGCUAAAUUUGGUUCUAAAAAAUCGGAAUUUAAGCACUAAAGGAACAAUAGAUGAUCUUAAAAGACGGUUGCGAGAGGAUGUAGAAAAGAAAGGACAAACGAUUGACGAAGUUGUUUUUAAACUAGCCAACAAAGAAGAUAAAGAUUCAGAAGAAGAUACUAUUACCAUUACUCUGGAUGAAGAAGAUGAAAGCAUUUUAGAUGAAGAAAAUAAGGAUGAAUCAAAUGAAAAUGUUUCUGGGGAUGAGGCUGAAAAAGCAGUUAAAAAAGUUGAAUCAGUUGAAGAAGGAAAAGAAGAGACGUUUAUUGUGAAUGUGGAUGACGCUUCCCAGAAUGCCUUAGAUGCUGAUCUACCAACAGUUGACAGCAUUGAUCAUGAAGAAAAGCAACGGGAAAUUGAAGGCCAUAAAGUUCAAGAAACUCUAACCAAUAAAGAAGUUAGGGAUGAUCAUAAAACAAGGGGUGAGGACAAUUCUGAAAAAGAAGGAAAAGAAAAAGAUAGCAAGAAAGAUGAAGUUUGUGAGCAGAGGAUGCAGGAAAAGAGGGAAGACAGAAGUCUUUGGGUCAGUAAUUUACCAACGCAUGCAAGAGCUGCCGAUCUCAAAACACUUUUUACCAGUUACGGUACGGUGAUAGUUGCAAAAGUUGUUAUGAAGAAGGACAAAGAAAGUUCAAAAGUCUUCGGAUUGAUUAUUAUGUCCAAGAAGGAAGAAGCGGAAAGAGCUAUGAAUGAACUACAUGAUACAGAAUUUGAAGAAAAAAUUCUCUCUAUAACAAAACCAGAUCCAAAAAUUCUAGAACUUGCCCAAUCACAGAAACCAAAGGCAAAUUCACCAUCUAAAAGGGAAUCGGGAGAGCGAAAUACUAGAUUGGAAACUGAACGAGAGCAAGAGAGAAGAGAAGAAGAGAAGAGGCGAAUCAAAAAACGUCGUGAAGACAUGGAAAGACGAAAGGAGAGAAUACGUCGCCAAAGAAUACGUGAAGAUCAUGAGCGACUGGCUCGCAUGGAAAGAUUAGAGCAAAGAAAGAGAAUCGAAUUACAGAAACAGAGGGAUAGGCAAAGACAAAUAGAACAAUUACAGCGUGAAGAAUCUGCGAAAUUGGAAAGAGAGCGUGAAAGGCUAAGAAUGGAAAGAGAGAGAUUUGAAAGAGAAAAAUUAGAAAUGCAAAGAUUAGAAAGAGAGAGAAUUCGAAUGGAGAGAGAGAGGAUAGAAAGGGAACGCCAAUUAGAAAGAGAUAAAGAACAGCUAAGGAAUUUUCAAAGACAAUUAGAAGAACAAAAAAGAUCUCAGAAAAGACCAUAUGAUAAUAAUAGAGGCAGGGAAGAUUGGGACAGUAAAAGAAGAAUGGACGUGCGCGAAUCAUCCGAUAAUAGAAGAAAUAGGCGAACGCCGCCAAGCAGCAGUGGGCGAAGGCACGAUAAUAAUUGGUGGCCAGAACAAGAGAAAGGAGGUAAUAGAAAUACUAAUGGUGGGGGCAAUAACAAUCAAACGUGGCUUCCAAACACCAAUGUAGCGACUCUUCUAAUGGGUUUAGCCGCUCAACAUAAUAAACAGCAGCCCCAACAGCCACACAGCACCACCUCAGACUCCAGAUAUGAUUAUAAAUCGACAAAUCAGCGAAGAUAUUAA